CUGCUGACUCACGGGUUAACUGUGACUCACGAGUCCCAGCUGCGUGCGGCACGUGUCGGCAGCGUCCAACAGCUUCCGAGGCGUUUUUUAUCAAGGAAUCGUUUGUACAUGGACCGGAAACUCGAUUUAAGGGAAGAACUUCUGGAAAACGGAACGAGGACAAACGAGCAGCUGCAAGUGUGGAGCUUCGGGAGGAAGUAGCUGGACGUGAGAGCCGCGCGCUUCACGGAAGUAAAAGACAGGCGUGAGGCGCUUCCUGCAGGACGACGCUCCCAAAAACAGGCGCGUGUCGGGCACAUCUCGAAUACCGCAGUGGACUGGGUUGAAACCAAUGACGCCGAACCCCAAAUGACCCAGUGGCGGUUGUGAUUGUGCUCGUGUGCUUUUAUUGUGAAGGAGGACGCAGACUGACGCAGCGCAGCAUCCCGACGCGCGCGCGCGCACACACGCACGAACACGCUCGGUGGCAGGUAGCGCAACUCGUCCUCGUCUCCGAUCCUCGCUGCGGGCUCAUGGAGAAGCGAGUCCGGCGCGGCCGAACCCACCAGCGAGAGUCCGGAGGCCAGUCCGCGCCGCGGCGCCGCUAGACCUUCUGUGGAGUCGCUGCUUCCGAUGGCGCCCAGACACCUGAGCCGCGGGGACCGAACCGAGGAGCGGGCUCGGGACCGGGCGGCGGCCCGCUGGCGCGUGAGCCUGGUUCUGAUGCUGGUGGUCCAGUUCCGCGCGGCUGACGCCCAGGAGCCGACGCGGCGGGCGGGUCCGGCCCCGGGCCCUGAGCAGCCAGUCUCCUCCGGCCUGCUGUCCAAAGCUGCGUGGAGCCAGUCCAGACCCUCGCCCCCCCCCACUGCCCCCUCCUCGGCCGGCGACGUCGCCAACGGGUCUCGGAUCAGCGCCGGCUCGUCGGCCCCAGCCACAGAGGAGUCGCUGGGCAGCCUGCCGGCCUGGGACCUGCCCACCGUGCCCGAAGCUCUGCUGUCCACCCCGGGCGACCACGACCUCACGCUGCCCGCCAACGUCACCAGUCCCUUCUCCGGCCCCCAGUGGAACACCACCCUGCCAGCGCGGCCCAGGACCGCCCCCCAGCCCACCACCACCACCACCACCACACUGGCGCCGCCCACCACCAACAUCAGCAGGAGCUCGGGCAGCCCCCCAACGGUGUCCACCACCAGCACCUCUCACAGCCUGGUCCUCUCAGAGGCCCCCACGGCACUGAGCACCACAGAGGACAGCAGCACGCAGCCAACCACACUGCCCCCCCCCACCACCAGCUCCACCACCACCACACCCGCCCCAACCACCACCACCACCACCACCACACCCGCCUCGACCACCACCACCACCACCACCACCACACAAGCCCCGACCCCCACACUGCCCCCCACCACCACCAGCUCCACCCCCACACUCGACCCAACCACCUCGCCCCACACCACACCCGCCCCAACCACCACCACACCUGCCGCCACGCCGGACUCCAGCGUCGUGGUCCCGGUCCAAACCACAGCACCUCCAACAACCACCACAGAACCACCGAGCAGCACCACCACAGAAGAGCUGCCCUGCAACGUGACCGAGAAGUUCUGGGUCAAGACCGUGCUCUCCAUCGAGCUGCGGAGGAACCGUCUGGACCUGAUCCUGAAGCAGAACCUGUCCAAGGGCCUGAGUCAUGCCUUGCAGCGAGCGCUGAACGACUCGGGCGCCGCCGUGCAGGUGGAGCGAGAGCAGUGCGGCCCUCACAACGUCACGCUGGCCUACUACGUCACCUCGGGCAAGACGGUCCUGCUGUCCUCUCUGGUGCUGGAGGCCCUCGCCGUCUACGGCGUCCACCGGCUGCUGUCCGACGUGCGGCAGCACACGCCGCUGGUCAAGGCCGUGCUGGUGCCCGUGGCGCCCUGGCUGCCGGCGCCCAGCGUCCACCUGCAGCUGCGGACAGUGCUGAGGUUCGUGGGGCCCACAGACAACGUCUACUCUUGCAGCUUCGUCCAGAUGUUGGAGCAGAGGCUGGAGAACGCCUUCGAUGAGGCACAGGACAAAGUUCUGGAGACCUACCACCGACUGACUGUGGAGAUCCAGAGCGUGUCUCAGGACGCCGGCUCCCCCUCUGUCUCCGUGGUCUACGUGGUCCAGAACCAGGAGGCCCAGCUCAACGGAACCAUCGCCAGCGGCCUCCUCAACCAGCUGACCGCCGAGCUGGUGGGCUACUUCCUGUUCUUCCCGCCGCUGGUCAUCGCUGAACCGCUGCAGUACCACAACCUCAACACCUCCAGUGCAACCAGGAACUACUGGGUGAAGACAGUCAUCCAGGACGUGGACUCGUCUUCGCUGGAGACCAACUACCAGAGCUUCGCCAACCUGAUGGAGCAGAGACUGGCUGAGCUCUUCCUGGUGGCCGGCAGGCAGGGGGCCGGCGCCCCCAGGGCCCGGAGGGCCACCUCCGUGGGGGGCUACACCGUCCAGAUGGUGAGCAUGCGCAGGCUGCCCGGCCCCAGGGACCCGGCGGAGAUGACCUACUACGCUCAGCUCAACGGCGCCCCCAUCACCGGGAGCAGCGCCGCCAAGACGCUGAGCAGCCUGGACUCCCAGACCAUGGCGCUGACGCUGGGCUACUUCGUGCAAGUGCAGGCAGAACCCGUGGUGAAGACUCCGCCCAGCAGCCUGUGGAUCAUGGCCGUGCUGACGCCGCUCUUCCUGCUGCUGGUGGUCAUCGGCAUGGUGGGCUUCAUCCUCUGCAAACGGAACCGCGUCAUGUUCAAGACUGGGGCCUUCCGGACCUUCAAGAGCCGCUCCAAGACAUCGUAUCGAGGGGGCAGCUGUCACCACCAGCCGGUGCAGGGCUUCGACUACGCCAAGAAGCACAUGGGUCGCGGCGAGGAGGCCGUGCCGGGCGCCAAGGAGCCGCUGGUGCUGGGUCUGCCGGCCCGCGAGGCGCCGCUCUCCGUGUCGCUGGAGAAGAAAGCUCACCAGGACGGGACCAGACCCCCGUCAGCGGACGUCCACAAGGGCGGGCGGUUGCCUAGCGAAGAAGACGGCUCCAUGUCGAGCGACGGCUCCGGGAAGCUGAACACCAGCAAGAGCUCCUCGGCCUGGAAGAAGAACAGCAGCGGCGGCGGCAGCAGCAAGAGCAAAGAGGAGCUGCACAAGAGGAGCGAGCCCUACGAGGACCUCAGCCUGAGGCUCAUCUCCAUCAAGCCCAUGACGGCCCAGCCCACCUUCUCCUACCAGUCGUCCUCCUCACACAGCCAGGACUCUGUCGUGCUCAACGGAGAGGCCAACCACGUGGGGCUGAAGCAGAAGUCGGACAUGGACCUCUACAGGAACAAGCUGCGUCAGAAGGGGAAGAGGAAGGGCUGCGGCGAGUUCUCUCUGUCGGAGAGCGGCAGCCACGGCUACGGCCGCCGCGACGGGCGCCACGGCCGCCGCGACGGCGCCGCCAAGGAGCCGAUGACGGCCGAGGAGAAGAGGGCGUCCUUCGCCGGCUGCCACAAGAGGUACUCGCACCCCCGGGAGCCCGCCUACUGGAGCCGCCAGUCGCUGAGCAGCCCGAGCCCGGUGGAGACGGAGAUGGACCUGCUGGUGCUGCGCGAGCGACCGCGCCGGGGGAUACGCAACACCGGCUACGACGGGGAGCCGGAGCCCUUCCAAGAGACCAGCGUGGACCGUCUCAUCAGCUCUCUGGGCUUGGGCGCCGGCUCUACGGGCAGCAGCAGCCUGGGCGUGAAGGCUCACCGCGGCUCCGACUCCUCCACGCUCAGCUCGCAGCCAUCCAUCGACGAGGUCCGCACGCAGAUGCACCUGUUGCUAGGCAACGCUUUCAGCCUGGCACCACCGUCCCCGCCCGGCAGCCGCCGCCGCCACCUCCACCACGCCCACGGCGCCAACAACCCGUCUCACGGCAGCCACUUCAGCGACGGCGUGACCAGCGCUCCGGGGACCAUGAACCACCCGUGCGGCGGGCGCCAGAGGAGCGUGGGCUACGAGGACCUGCACCAGUGCAGCCUCCCCAAACCAGUGGGUGACGCCGGCGUGGUGAGGUCAGGACUCUGUCCUCUCAGCUCUCUGCUCCUCUGCCUGCUGCAGGGCUUCCGCUUCACCCAGCUCCCUGACAUGGGCGUGGGCUCGCCUCCACCACUGCUGCCCUCCAGGACCGGAGCUCCACACGGAACCUCGCUGCGACGGUCCACACCUGACGUGAGCCUAAAGCCGCGCGCGUCCGAGGCCUCGGAGCUCCAGGCUCAGCAGCACAGCGGCGCCCCCUACCUGCCGCUGGCCAGGGCGCCGUUCCCAGCCGUCACCGUGGAUCAGUCCGUCUCCGCCUACUCAGGAAACCCCAUCACCGCCGUCUACGCCGUCUCCGCCAACCGCCCGGGCUACGCCGACUACCUGGUCAUGUCGCCGCCGGCGUCGUACCGCAGCCCGUCGUGGAUGUCGUACCCGCCCGAGCCGGAGGACCUGCCGCGGCAGUGGAGCGACGCCCCGCAAAACUCCCGGCACCUGGAGACCAUCUGCUAGUGUGUCCCCACCCCCCGCGCACACACACACACACACACACACACAGAGCUGAGAGGCGACAUCACCAGCCAAGCGAGGACGUCACGCCGUCUUGUUUGAAGCCCGUCUGCAGGCUUCAGCCAGCACUCUCACUGAUUCACCCAUUUUCAUGUGGAGCCCUCCUCCACCGACCCUUGGUCACAUGACUCCUGUGGAGCAGCAGGUGAGGCGGCACGUGGCAGCUGCUGCGCUUCUCGAGGCUUUUCCUGUCUUCGUCCGAGCGGGUGCGGUCUGCGGACCCCACCAGCUCCUCCGCACCGCCGGGACUCGGCUCCCCACCUGGAGCUGGACGUGAACUUGACAAGCUUCUGGAAGGUUUGUGUAUUUACCUGUAAAUAUCAGAAGAUUUAUGCAAGAAAAGAGACGCCGCAGACGCGAUCACGUGACCUGGGCUCUGCGCGGAGACCCAGCGGCCGCGGCGUCUUCUUCUGCUGAAGGCUUUUGACCAGAGAUGCUCUGGAGGCUGAGCGCCGCCGAGGGUGGGAGGCAUCCGGAGGGUCGAGGGUGGCCUGCCGCCGGGUCACGUGAUCGGCGCGGGCAAAAACUCCUGGAGCCAUACCGUUUUUUGUUUUCGUACGAGAAUGUCAACGCGAGACUAUAGCCAUAACGUCACCAUGUGGGCGGAGCCUGAGGAGAAAAUCAGUCAAAGCCAAAUAUAGAGAGGAAACGUGGAAGCGUCUGCAGUCACCUGAGGACAGGAGCUUCCCUUUGGGCGCCAGCAGGGGGCGACGCCUUCCGCCUGCCACUCGAACCUGCCACAGUGGCUUUUCCUGGGAAACGGCCGGCUCGACUGAGAGGGAGACCGAAGCGUCUGGGUCCAGUGAACGGGCCGGAACCCGAGCGGCCCCUGCGCUCAGGUGUCUGCACUGCGCUUCCGUGACUCCUCCCACCUCUGGCAAGCGUCGAGCGAGCGCCGAGGGUUUGACGGCGAAACAUCUCUGGACUUUUCUACCUGGACAGAGGCGGACUACUAUGGGAUGGCGCCCCCUGUACAGUGCGGGCCUGCGCGGCGGGUUUUGGUCGCUGACGCGGCGCUAGCGAGACUUGAUGUGUGCCGUCACGGCUGCGACGUCACGGUGACGGCGGAUGCUGGUGGAUGUCGUUAUGCAGCAGAGCGACUCUUUUUUUGUGUUGAAUUUAAAGAAUAAAGAUUCAAGUUCUGGACUGGAGUUCGAUGUUUGCUGAUGACUGGAGUGAGUGACGCGAGGCGGCGCGGGUUCUCGCAACAGGCCAACAACCCAACCGCCAGGAGCUGCCACCAGAUGGAGCCAGCGCUGCGGUGACGUCACUGCGGGCCUUCAUCUGAAUCCCCCCCCUUGUGGAGCAAUUGGGAACGACACACGAAGGUCACCUGACGCUUGGAGUCCCUGGGUGAGUCUCGGUCUCUGAGGUUCACCAGAGGUCACUCCAGGUCACGCGUCCGGCGCACGAGGGCGGACCUCUCCUGGCCCUCACCCUUUCCCCAGCCGUAAACCCAACCAUCUA